UUGAAUUAUAAUCAAUACAGUUAAUUUUGAAAUUCAAUAAUUGUGUUUCUAUAUUGACAAGCAACAACAAUGCCGUCUGACAUGAUGAUCUAUGAUGUAAUCGUAAUUGGUGGUGGUUUAAGUGGUCUUAGCGCUGCUAAAUUACUUGCCGAACGAAAUGAUGAUUUAAAUGUGGCUGUACUUGAAGCACGUGAUCGUGUAGGUGGCCGUACAUUUACCGUACAAAAUGACAAAGUUAAAUGGGUUGAUCUAGGUGGUGCAUAUGUUGGCCGUGGUCAAAAUCAUCUUUUACGAUUGAUUAAAGAAUUUAAUCUUAAAUUAUACAAUGUUAAUGAAGUUGAAAAUAUUGUCUUUUAUAAUCAAAAAAAAAAUCAAAGAAAUUUAUUUCAUUUUGAUGAAAUACCCAACAUGGGUAUAUUGGCUAAAUUAGAUUUUUAUUAUAUAAUGCGAUUAAUGGAUCAGAUGGGCGAACAGAUACCGGCGGAUGAACCAUGGAAAGCAACCAAUGCUGAACAAUGGGAUCAGAUGACAUUCAAAGAAUUUAUUCAAAAAAAUGUUUGGUCAAUAGAUAUACAGAAUUUUAUGAAAAUAUUCAUUGGUACAUGUGUGACCAAUGAAAUGUAUGAAUCAUCAUUAUUAUGGUUUCUCUGGUAUGUUAAACAAUGUGGUGGAACAAGAUCAAUAUUUUCAACCACAUAUGGUGGACAAGAAUUCAAAAUACAUGGUGGUACAAAUCAGAUUUCUGAUUGUAUAGCCAAUAGUAUUGGCCGUGAUCGUAUCCAUCUUAAUGAACCGGUACAUUAUCUUGAACAAUCGGCUGAUCAUGUUCUAUUACGAACCAUUGCUGGACAUGAAUUUCGUGCACGUUAUGUUAUAAUGGCAUUAGCACCAACAUUACAACAGAAAAUUCAUUAUCAACCACCAUUACCACCAAUGCGUAAUCAAUUGAUUCAACGGGCACCAAUGGGUUCCGUUCUUAAAUGUAUUGUUUAUUAUCGUAAACGUUUCUGGAUCGAUCAUAAUAUGUGCGGAAGUUUAGUCAUUUUUGGUGAAAAUGAUAUUGAAUGUCCUAUAACGUAUACAUUGGAUGAUUCGAAACCGGAUGGAACAUGUCCAGCAAUUAUUGGAUUUAUGCCAGCUGAUCGUGCAAGAAAACUAUUGGAUUUAACUAAAGAAGAACGAUUAAAAUUAAUUUGUCAAUGUUAUUCAAAAGGAUUCGCAUGCGAUGAUGCACUUGAUCCAAUUCAUUAUGAAGAACAAAAUUGGAUGGCCGAACAAUAUUCUGGUGGUUGUUAUACGAUGGUCUGUGCACCAGGAUUUCUUACCCGUUAUGGACCAUAUUUACGUCGACCAAUUGGUCGUAUUUAUUUUGCCGGAACCGAAACAGCAUGGGAUUGGUCAGGCUAUAUGAACGGCGCCAUACAAUCGGGUGAACACACCGCACUUGAAAUUCUUGCCAAAAUGGGUCGAAUAUCGCCAUUAGAAAUUAAUGUUUCAGAGCCAGUAUCGAAGGAAUAUCCACCCGUAAUCAUUCCAGCUACAUGGAUCGAACGUAAUGGACCAUCAGCACGUUCAUUUAUAGCCGGUGUUUCAUUGACAACAAUUGCUGCCACAAUGUUUACCGUUUAUUUCGGUUGGAAACGAUGGGAAUUUAAUCAAUAUUGGCAACAAUAUAUAUCGCAUUAUAUUAUUGAUUAUUGA